AUGGCGGACGUACCGGAAAAUGCUCCUGAACGUAAGAAAAUUAUUCUUGACUUACAUUAGAUAAUGAAACAUAAUAGUGACCUGCGAUAUGGGGUUCUAUGAAAACAUGAAUAUAAUUUUUCAAAACUGACAGACUGUCCAGGAACGGGAAGUGAACAAGCAGGAAAGAGUACUGCAUGCCAAGGCUGUCCAAACCAAAAUAUUUGUGCCUCCAGCAAGCCAAUUGGACCUGAUCCAGGUAACUUGUGGACAGAAAAUCAGUUCAGACGUUUAAUUUGAUGUUAAAUUAAUGUAGAAUUCCAAAAAGAUUCACACAUUAUAAACAGAGAAUGGUAACCUCUGUAGCUAGCCCAUGGACUACUGGGGGUCUAAAAUCUGAAGACUCCCUCUUUGCUCUAACCCCCCCUUCCCCCGAUAUGAAAGACCCGCCACCCCUCCCCCGAUAAACACAAAUCAUUUCAGUCCCCAAAUCAUGACAUGGCUGUGUGUUGCUCAGCAUAUACAAAGUCUUACAUGAAGCACAGACCAUUGAGAUUUGUUUUUAUUAUUGUAAUGACAGAAUUUUCUUUGAAAGUGAUGAAAUACUUGCAGACACUGAGAGCAUACCAUGACCCAGUCUGCAUGGUAUGGCAAGUGCAUGUAUGAGCCUUUUGUUUAAACUCUUUCUGUGUACACCAAAUCUGUAGCAUUGCAUGUGGCAGCACCAUGCCUGACAAGAGAUUUUCCCCUUGACUUGUAGGGGAGUAGUUGUGUUAUUUUUCCUAAAUCCAUACUAACCUGUAAGUUUAACACAUUGAGUGGACUGGCAAUUGGAUUGUAGCCUUUCUUUCUCCUGAGCUAAAUGCGGAAACAUUACGUCAUGUAUCCUUCUUUAAUAAAUAUUUUUUACAUAUUUUAUAUCAUUUUAUGAGUUAUAGUGUUUGAAAAUCAGGCAGUUAUUACUCCUUAAAUUGCAUCAAAACUCUAUGUAUACCUGACUUUGAUAGAACCAUUUUCAAUAUCAUAUUAUAUACUUGAUGAAAAAAGUAGAUAGACAAAAAUAAUUACAGCAUCCAUGCAGAGGUUCUAAGCGCUCUUGACUUGUUAUUUGUGACUAGUCGCAGAUGAACAGUUUUUUCCCUACUCAUACUGAGAUAUCAUUGUAAAAGAGUUUUCAUCACUUUUAGCUGUACAAGAAGUAAAGGAAAGAAUGUCUUCAGUUAAACAUAAGAUCCUGGUUUUGUCUGGUAAGGGCGGUGUUGGUAAAAGUACAUUUACAGCUCAUCUAGCACAUGGCCUUGCUGCUGAUGACAGUAAGCAGGUAAUGAAUAUUUUCUUCUUUAGAAGCUUUUAUGCCUUAGUUGACACCAAGGGCCUUUCACUCAGAAUGGUCACAUUACAAUGUUAGCAGAGCUUAAGAUUAUUUUGUAGUAGCCCUUGAAUGAGGCAAAACAAAGCAUGAAAUAUGGAGAAGAAAUUUUGUGAAGAAACUGACAAAGGUCAGCUUUUCAUCUCACUAGUAUUUUACUCAACUGAAAAAAAAUUAAUGUUUUAUCUAGAGUUCUGCAAUUUUUGUGCAUGACCUCUAGUUUUAUAUUGAUAGCAGUAUUAGAAGCUCUAAUAAGUAAAUUAUGCAAUGCAUUACUACUUUAUAUUUCAGAUAGCAGUUUUAGAUGUUGACAUUUGUGGUCCAUCUAUUCCCAAAGUUAUGGGACUUGAAGGGGAGCAGGUAAGGUUUUUACUUCAGGAUACUGUGGUGGAUGUUAGGCAGUUUGGAGGGGGGGGGUGGUGGUCUGUGUGGUUCUUACACGUCUUCUGAUUGUACACUCAUCAGACGAGCAGGGUGCAAAGAAGGUCAUUUUUACAGCUUGCCAUUCGGGCAAGUUGAAGCUAACAUCUACUAGCCCAAACAUCAUUUCAACUAGCCCCAAAAACGUUUUGAUCAGCAGAUUAAUUUCACAGUUCUUCUGUAAUUUGAAUUCCUCAAAAAACUUCACUUGCCCGUCGGGCAAGUUAAUAACAGAAUUCACUAGCCCAAUAGCAAAAUCCACUAGCCCCGGGCUAUCGGACACUACUUUCUUUGCACGCUGGACAAGGCACAGAAGAAUCAACGUAUAACCUUCACCUGGUUGCUUGGGAAUAACUCCAAUGGGGUAGGGAGCAGUGACUCUUAAUAAUACUUGUGUGCUUCACUAGUAUUGCGAUGAGAAAUUUGUUAAUUGUUUCUUGUGAAAGCUAAUAGCCAGAAGGGUGGGGAUUAUUAGCCUUAACCCCUUGGUUACCAAGGACACAUAUAUACGUCCUGUGUUACUCAACAACCAAGGAUAUAUGUAUAUAUAUGUUGUAGUUAAUUUUUUAUCUCAGGUAAUUUUUAUUUUUCUUUUGUUUUUGGGUAUGAUAAUGUAUGCUAAUGAAGUUUAAACAAAAGAAAAAUAAAAUUACCUGAGAUAAAAAAUUAACUACAACAUAUACGUCCUCAGACAUAUGAAAUCACCAACAGCCCGGUCGUUCAAGUUGUCUUGAAUAAAAUAUACUCCAGUCAUUGAGAAAUGGCUCCGGUUGCUGGGUGUAUGUGGUUCUGGUAGACAAGUGGUUAAAUAAUGACAGCAGUUUUCACAGAUUUUUGAAAGAUUUCUGGAUCUUUCCCUGGGAUGUGAUGGGCAGAAGUGAUUUAACAAACAUGAGAACAUGUAACGGAACUGCAUGUCUUUACUGGGCAGUUUUAGACCCCCCGAUCCUACUGUGUCUGAUAAAGCUUCUCACUUACUGCUGUAUUAUUGCAGUUUGUAACAUUAUUAUUGCACAGAAGAUUUCCUGAGUAAUGAUCCCUUUUGGCUAUUUUUUCACCUAGGUACAUCAAAGUGGUUCAGGGUGGUCACCUGUGGUAAGAAUUCAAAUAUGUUUGACUUUAAAAACUUUCGAACAGUUUAUGCUCUUCAGGAACUAAUAUAUAAAAGUCAGUGUUGGAUUUGUCAUAAUGGCCUCAAACUGUUUGAGAAUGUUGGGAUAGGAUGCGGCCUGAAAAAACAGCUGACAUUUUGUGACAGAACAGUGGCUUGUAAUCCAGCUAAUACGAUAAGAGAAUGUAUGGUUUUAUACAAAGAAAAGUCUUACUUUGUCUUUUUGUUGUCUGCUGGGGCUAAUAUGUAGACUUAGCCAAGGCCAAAAGGGAAGCUCUCAUAGUACCCUUAAAGAACGGUGUUUCUGAAGGAAUUCAACUUUGCCUAAGUUAAAUAAAAAGCAAACUGAAUUCCUCCUAAAAAAUUGAAAACUCUUAAUUAACUAGUCAUUGGAGAACUUGAGAAAACAUCUUUACAGUCACCUCGGUGAGCUGUACACCUGAGCCUGUGAAGCAGUAAUGUGAUACUGGUCAGCUAAUACCUUAUUACAGCUGUCAAUUGACCAUAACAUGGAUGUCCCAUAUCAAGUGAAACACAGCUUGUAAGUGUGAUAUUUCACAUCCGCUAACAUGAAUGGUUGGAAGUACGAUCGAAUGGAUGGAUUUUGUGACAACCAAAAUUUCUUGGAUGCAUAGAUAACCAGAUUUUAUUACCCAUGGUGCCCUACUGCACACACUUUGCACAUGAGAGCUCUGCUAUUAUGACUUACGGGGCUUUCCAAAAGUCAGAACUGGCCGCCCAGACCAUUACCAGACAAGUCUUUUUGACAAUGAAACAGGUUUUUCGAAGAGUUUUUGCUGAAAACCAUCUCCUUCACGCAUACUAUUUUAGGAUUUGACUGAUGUGUCUGGAUAGUUCUGUGAAAUUCUCAUCACGGAGAGAAUGGUCUGGCUGGUCAGUUCUGACAAAUGGAAAGCACCCUUAGUUACUCUCUUCAUAUUUUCCUUAGUAUGUUGAGGACAAUCUUGGUGUGAUGUCUGUGGGUUUCUUGUUAGCCAGUCCUAGUGAUGCUGUCAUUUGGAGGGGACCAAAGAAAAAUGGUAAGAGACAUCUUAUUAUUUUUGUAGUGACUUGAUUAAAGCCAUCCAGGCAAGUAUUUUAAACAAAUCAAUUGUUGACUAACAAAGAUUUUUAACCUUGUGUUGUUUAAAAAUCUAUUAAAAUUCAGUUGUAAAUUUUCUUGUGAUCUGGAUUGCUGGGAUUUGGCUUGAUGGGUCCAAAAAAAUUUUGGCCGAGCAGUUUUAACUUUCUGGUUGUGUGCAAUCAAUAAAAUGAUGUUGAUUUCCACAGCAGAUUACUGACCAACAAAUUUUGAUUAAUGUUGAAAGAGUGAGUGAUGAAAAGUCUAAAGGAAAAAAAAUUUCUUGCCUCCAUAUUGAUUAUUUCAUGUGCUCUUAUUCACCUCUGUUCGUAACUUUGUGCUGCCUGCUUUGUGAAAUCAAAUAAGCAAACACUGUAGCUUUCUUCCUACCUUGUUUGACAAAAAAUCUUUGUUUGUGUAAAAUCUACUUGUGAUCAUUGUUGUUAAUGAAAAACCUGCCAGUGGUUGGGAUUUUCAAUUUAUUCAUGAUUGAAAGGUACAUUAAUGUUGAAAUGCACGAACUAAUAUAAAUGAAUUUAUCAUAAGUAAACUCACUCCUAGCAGCCCAAACUUCUCUUGUUUUCUUAAGGUGAUCUGCCCAUUAAAUAAAUAGGAGUGAAACAGACACUUGAGUAUAAUUCGUUCCAGAUUUUUUUAGUUAAGCAUUAGUAGGAGGGUCCAUGUGGGAUACUAAUAUUUUAGGGCUAUGCUCUAAGAAAAGGGAGCCCUAUGCUCUAAACCUUUGGAAUCAGUGGUGCCUAGCAUAUGAUUUCUGUGCAUAAACUGAGAUUUCAUAGUCGUUUGUCACUCAGGAGCAACAGCAAGGCCCCAAGGGCCACCGGGGCACUGCCAGAGCACAACUCUGUAAUUUUCAUGGUUUGCCCAGGAAAAAGAAAGUUUGCUUUUUGUCCAUAUUGUAGGUUUAAUCAAGCAGUUUUUACGUGAUGUUGACUGGGGUGAUGUAGACUAUCUUGUUGUGGACACACCACCUGGAACAUCUGAUGAGCAUCUGUCAGUUGUUCAGUAUUUGAGUAAUACUCACGUAGAUGGAGCCAUUAUCAUUACCACACCACAGGUAAGAAUCGAAGAAAAUCGCUGACAUUGCACAAAAUAAACAGUUCAUCUUCACCAUUCUUUAUGUGAAAUUGUCAUGGUUGAUCACCGAGUUCAAAGGAACUGUGUUACAAACAGUGCAGUACCCUGUGUGCCAGAGACUUUUCUAGCGCGGUUUCCGGUUUCUGUCAAGUCUUUAUAGCGACCCGCGCUUCGCCGCUCGUGGCUUCGGCUGCACGCGAGAAAAACCUCUGGUACCCAGGGUAACAGUGCAGUGGGAACUGUCACCAAAUACCCUGAGUGCCAGAGGUUUUUUUUCUUUAUCAAACCAACGGGCGGGUUAGGAGUAGCCCCCUUACCCCUCCCCCCUUCCCCGGUCGUGAAGGUUUGCGAGAUACCAACCUCGUCCCCAGGGCUUUUCCCUUAAAAAAUGGGUGGGGAAAAGCCCUGGGGGCGAGGUUGGCGAGAUACCUAUUUCUAGAAUUAAGUGACUGGUACCAGAUUUUCUCAGGGGCACCCAACGACGGUUUCCUCCUAAAUUCAUUGAAAACACUUUUUAAGGCUAUCCAGAGAACUUUUAGAUCUAUAGAAAUGCAUUCUAAGCGGCGCUAUAAAAUUUGUAUCUGUUCGGUCAUCCUAGGGCAACUUGAGUCUUUUUGAAAUGUCAAGGGCAAUGUAGGUAAAGGCGCACACGAGGCAAAGGCCCAAACGGCCGGAACGUAUCCCAGUUUCGUUAGCAUGAAGCAAGCCUAGGAGUAUGGCUACUCCCCCCUGGAUGGGAUGCUAGUCCAUCGCAGAGUUACCCCCCAGCAGUAUGUCGCCGGUACCCAUUUAUACACCUCGAUGAAGAGAGACAAAAAGGAGUAAAGUUCUUGUCUUAGGAAACAACGCGAUGGGCGAGGCUUAAACCCCGGACCUCCAGAUCCAGAGUUGGAGGUGUUAACCACUCGGCCACACUCGUCUCCACAAAAAAUUUCAAGGGCUUCAGUAUUAUUUUCCCGAAACUUUUACAUGCAAUUUAACGUAUUACGAAAAUGAGAAUUUUUCUGAUUCCUCUCUCCAUCACAUUUCUGAGUCCGAAAAUUUUAGGUCUCCUUUUUUCUACGAAAAAUAGCCUAGUGGUGGCAGUGAAAUGUGAAAAAUUAAACCUCAGAAAAUCGUAGGGAAUUUAUAAGAUGAGCUUCAAAAAUUGUCCAUGAAUAGAACGGUCAUGGAGACAUUUUUAGCCAUCCUCGCUCUUCAAACAGACGGAUAGAACGUGUUGGACGAUCCCAACUCGCUCAGACGAACUUAACUGAGCCAGACAUCGAACGUUUUCAUAAACUUAACUCACUGAGUUUGGUUCGUCUCGUGAAAAGUUCGACGUUUGGCCUAGGCCUUAGAUCGUCCAACACGUUCUAUGCGGCUAGAUCUCCUUCAGACAGAUGGAACGUCUGAAGAACGUUCUAGAAGGAGAGCAUUCGCAUUCUAUUCCAGUAACCUCAAGUGUACCCGUAAAAUCAGUGCUGGGGCCGUUAACAUUUCUCAUUUUUAUUGAUGAUCUCCCAUGCUAUGUUAAGUGAAGGGUCCGUCUUUUUGCCGAUGACACUGUCGUUUACCUUACAAUAAAAUCUGAGAGCGAUUGUCGGUAAUUACAAGAUGAUCUUCACGGCCUGGAAAAAUGUCAAUCCGACAGGUGUAUGGAGUUGACCUCUGCGAUACCGGUGAAGCGCUCUACCAAUGAAGCUAACAAGCCAACUGGGAGCAGGUCGUUGAAUUGGUUCGUGAUAAAGCCGUGAAAGGAUGAUGAUAUGAAAAUCAUAUAUGAAGGUCAUCAUCAUCCUUUCACGGAUUUAUAAUGAACCAGUUCAAUGACCUGCUCCCAGUUGGCUUGUUAGCUUAAUUGGUAGAGCGCUGCACCGGUAUCGCAGAGGUCAAGGGUUCGAAUCCAACGUCGAUCUUCACAUGCGACGAACUAAACUAAUAAUUUAAAAAUUUUUAUGAUGAUAUUUAUCUAGCCUCGUUCGGGAAAAAAUUUUUUGACAUUGCUUUUUGGUCCGAUUUAGUUUAUUGGUUCGAUGCGACCUAAGUUCGACGUCUGACCCAACAGACGAUCUUAAGGUCGACCCUGAAAUUAGAGUUUGCUUCGUCCCUUGAAAAGUUCGGCGUUUGGCCUAGGCCUAAGAGUUUGAAUUUCCACUGUAAACUAAAAGGAGUAAAACUCGAAAUUGUAAACUUGUAAAUAGUAUUUCAAAAUGGAUCUAAAGCAAAAGAAGAGGUAUAUAGAUAAGACAAUAGAGGGUUAACUUUUUUCCCUAGUCGUCCUAGCUGGGGUUUCUUAAAAAUGCAAGAGCGUACCCAAAGUCUGCAUCCCCUGUGCUUGCACAGGCACACCAGAAUAGACCCUGCUGGAAUGAAGGGCAAGUUUGACUGUCCUUGUUAAUUAACUAAGUAGAUUCUAAUAUGUCCAUAUGCUACAAUUCGGUACACUAAGACUUCCAUUAAACGAACACUGUAACACAAAAAAUGUUUAAAAUGAAUUUGUCACCUUACGUGGAGUUUAUUGAACGUCAGUACGAAGUUCUUUGGCUCGCACAGUGGCGGCAUCUACCGCUCUCAUCAAAGCUGCUCUUACUCCACGUUCUUCCAGAGCGUUAAUACCUUCAAUAGUAGACCCGCCAGCAGUGCACACACUGUCUUUAAGCUCUCCGAGGUGUUUUUGACUUUUCAAAGCCAACUGAGCAGCUCCAGAGGCCGUAUGUGCUACUAAUCGCACUGCUUCCUCGCGUGUUAAUCCGCCACGUACUGCGCCGUCCGCGAGGGCGUCCAGGACGAGGUACACGUACGCGGGACCGCCGCCGGUCAGUGCUGUUAUUAAAUCCAUUAAACGCUCAUCUACUGUGUGGCAGUAUCCAACUUUGGACAUUAGUUGAUGGACGACUUUUCGGUCUUCGUCGCACGUAAACUUUCCGUAGGAAACAGUUGUAACUCCCUCACAAAUCUGCACCGCGGAAUUCAACAUCAUGCGGACUACUUUGGUUUGACCAGGCAAGGAAUUCUGCAUGUAAUUGAGCGUGACUCCAGCGGCAAUGGACAUAAGUAGAUGAUUUGAGGUCACUACAGGAGAAAUGUCCUUGAAAACGUUUGAGAGUGCGCUUGUUGGAGUAGCAAGGAAGACAUAGUUGCAUUCCUUUAAAACUAACUGGUUAUCAUCAGUCACAGCACAGGACAUGUCGCGAAAUUGAUUCAAGUCAUCCUGUGUACGAGAACUGGCGAUAACUUGGUUUGCUUUGACUGUUCCUGCCGACAAAAGCGCUUUGGCGAUGUACUGUGCUACUUUUCCCGCGCCGAUAAAACCUAACGGUGAAAUCAAACUCAUCUUUAGGUGACCUGUGUGAAGCGUUGCGUGGAGAGAUAAGUACUCCAGGUCUCUUAUCCAGGCUGAAUUUUUGCCCUUUCUUCGCCCCGCGCCUGAUAAAGGUUAAAUCUAAUUAGCGUCAAAGGUUUCAAUAAGCACUGGACCGUGAAACUUGUAGGCCCUGAACCUUGAAAAGUUUCACGGUUCGGGGACUAAUUUGUCGGUGAAAUCCAGGUGAAAAUCAAACUCAUUCUUGGCACUUGUAGCUACUUGUUUGUUCUGCUUAAAGAACUUGUAGCCCAUGUGGAUCAAAAUCCUCCAAAGAAUAUCUAAUCAUAUUUUAAUUGACCACUACAUAAAAUACCAUAACAUACCAUAAUGCUCUGUGUUUGUCACCCCAAAAUUUUGCAUAAGCAUUGUUUUCAGUUUCUGUUGGGGCCAUUUUAACUCCUAAGAGAAACUGAAGACAAUGCUUAUGCAAAAUUUUGGGGUGACAAACAAAGAGCAUUAUGGUAUGUUAUGGUAUUGUAAGGCCGAUACACACGAGGGAUUUUGCUCCCGGAGCAUUCUCCAGGGGCACACUCUGGGAGCAAAGUUCCUCCGUAUGUACCAACGAUUUCAUGGGUAUACUUCAUCCUCGGGAGCAGAAUUUCCACCCCGCAAAAUGUUCCGCGAUAUUUAACCGGUUAAAUAUUUGGGAGCAAACUCCCCGGGCAAAUUGAGCAAACUUAAAAACGCUCCCUCGUGUGUACUGACGCGUGCAAAAUGAGCCUGGAGCAUGCUCCGGAAGCAAAACCCCUCGUGUGUAUCGGCCUUUAUGUAUUGGUCAAUAGCCCUAUUGACUCUGUUGUAUGUUAAUAAUAUUGUCUUAUUUAUAGAUGGUGCUUCGUUAACGUCUUUCUGACUGGAAAAAAGCGCCCUUUUGCAAGAUAAUUAUUCUAGCCGCCGGUCGAAUAAUUAUUUCGCAAAAAUAGCGCUAUAAAACAGCCCGGAGCAGUGAAAAAACACGACACCUGACUAAGUUAACAUUUCGUUAGCACUUUUAUUGGAACAUGUCCUUUCAAAGCUGUGGUUUGGAGCAAAUUGUAGCCGCCGUAUUGUUCAUCUGUAUCUGUUUUUCUCUUAUAACUUGGCACAAAAGAUCUAUGCUCAGAAGUCUAAAGAAAAACGGUCACGGGAACAGAGAGUGGUCUGCCUGUGUUGGGUGAACCUCCAGGUUUUUGAGGAAGCAGAGUAUCUAGCCGAGCCCAUUUUUGAAAGCGUUAAGUAACAGGGCUUUUAAAAAACUUGAGUGCCAGCUUGUCCUUUGGGCAAGCACCUCUCGCAUUUCCUUGGCCGGGGCCACCUCUUGCUUGUCUUAGUUAAUGAUUUUGUUAGCGGAUGACUUGACCCUUGCCUAUUUGGCAAGUAAGCUUUAAAAGUUACCGAUUCGGCAAGAAAAUCAACUUGCCCCGGACUAACGGACGGAAGUUUUUUCCAGCCCUGAAGUAAGUUAGCAAGCAAGCAAGCAUGUAUAGUUCACGAAAUCGACUGGCAUGUCAAUAGAAAGUAAUUGACAUGUUUGUCUCCAUUGUCUGGUCAAUGAUCGUUGAAGCGAACAGUUCUUAAUGACUGAAUGCUCAUCACUGUUAAAUAUUUACUACGCCUGAUUUCUGUAACGGUUUACAACACUUUCGGAAGCCGUCUUCGUCAAACGAUCACAUACACGGCGGAACUCGCCAUGGGCAAAUGUUUUUGUUCAUUUUAGCGAUCGUAGGCGUGCCAUGUUUGCUUGACUCGAUUUGCUGCGAAAAUGGCGCCAAGUUAUGUCUGCGGCGCUACGCUCAACAAUUUAUUGGCAUUCCAUGUGAGUAAGUGGCAUUGCUUAUGACAAUAUUAAUUAAAAUAUUAAAAAGUAGUAACAUCAGUAAUAUAAAAAUUUUCGCGCCUAAAAAGGAGCGCGUAUCGCAUGGGACGGCACGGGAGGGGAUUCCUCGUGCCCUCGCACGUGUUAGUCGCUCUACUACAGGGGCUCCAAGAAUGUACAAGGGGAGUCCUCCUGUUGAACGGUCAUAGUGUCCACUUUUCAAACAUAGGCGUGCUAAAGACAGGCUCCAAUCUCGCUAACAAAUGCCUAAAACCCGCAAACGAGUACAGCACCGUUAAGUUCGUCACACAUUCUUCCUGCGCUGGUCUCAUCGUCUUUCAUAUUUCUCUGUUUUCUUCGUGUUGUUGCACAGAUUAUCCUACUCAAUCUUUUCCAUUCGUUUUUAUGUGUCAUUCAACAGUUGAUUUCCAAGCAUUCAGGACACGCGAACGCUUCAAAGCGUUUUUACAAGCGUUAUUGGAACAGAUCUUGGGUCCGCUGCCUAAGAGCAAGUUCCAUGAACCAUUUCACAAAAUAGAUGUUGUUUCACGAUCUGUUAUUAGAGACUUUUAGAGUCUAAACUAGUGAGGACUAACUACGAGGACGAGAUUUUCUCAAUACUAAGAAGCGAGCGAGUAGCGCUAUCGUUAUUAUUAGGAACUUUAAGAUUCAACGACGCGGACAGCAACGAGAACGUCAAAAAAACAAUAGGUCUUAUAGGCAAAACAACAACUUUGCACGCGCAUCACGCUUUUUUGUACAUUUCUUUGCCCGUUUUGCACGACUACGACGUGAAAAUGCAUAAUUUCGCGUUUUAUGGAGGACGUAAACAAGCAACGACAAAAUUUUAUUUCUCUUUCUGUACUUGGAUGUGGUCCCAAAGAAUUCAACUCCAGUAGGGUUCGCCUACAUUUGACAAAGUAUGUGGGUAGGAAUAAUUGCGAUAAAGACUGAAAGAACGCUAAUUCACUUUUUAAGCGACGUUCUCAUUGCCGUGGCGUCGUUGAAUCUUAAAGUCCCUAUAGGUGGUUUUCAUGCAAUCUCGGGAGACACAAAUAACAAUGGUGAAAUGAACAAAUGCUGGUGGACAAACAAAGCGAGCUAAUGAGCGAUCUUUUGUUUACCGUCCACCAGCAUGGCGGCGAUGACGUAACGUGAAAACCACCUAUUGGCGGGAAAACGUGAAAACCGUCGUCAUUCAACGCGUUUUGGCGAGAAAUGUUAGAAGUUUUAUCAUUUUGCCAUCAGAAGAGGGCUUUACUAAGUUAAUAUUCUUCAAUAAAAAUAAUCGUGCUAACUUUCUGGUGCAAAAAAAAAAGUAUAAUAGAGCUUUACGGGCUGUGUAUUGUACGCGUGCUUGUCCAGGAAUCUACAGGUGCCUUUAAUCCGUUCUGGCAGACGUGCUCUACCUUUAACUUCUGCAUACUUCAAUACGCUUUCGUUACUUCAAAAAAUGAUUUGUUCAAGAUGAGAAAGUAACAGAGCUUCAAGUACAAUAUAGUCUGUCAAGUAUAAGUCACCUUGAAUAUUGGAGAAAUUUAUCUAUCUUUUAUUGACCUUUAUUUGCUGCCUAGUGAAAUUCCCUUGCAACAUGCACUGACUGGUGCUGGCUCUCUCUUAAGAAAAUCAUUUAUUGAACGAUUGUUGUUAUUUGUAUUUAAAGGAAGUGUCACUACUUGAUGUGCGUAAAGAAAUCAACUUUUGCAAGAAAGUAAAGAUGCCAGUUAUCGGAGUUGUGGAAAAUAUGAGUGGUUUCGUUUGCCCCAAGUGCAAGGUAUGUGUUUUAAACGCUCAGCGAUUUAAUAACUACCAUGGAACAGAUUUUUUAGACCAAAGCUGGUUGACGAGGAUGCCUUAUUUUGAGGCCUCGUCGACACGCCCACACGUAUUGUAUUCGAAACGUUUUCGCCAGCAGUCCACAUGAAAACUCUUAAACGAUGGAAAUACGAUAGCAUGCGCUUUGUGAUUCAUGAGAUCAUCGAAUUCGAAAACCUCCGUUUUCGUCCGUACGCACGAAAACGGAUAAGCCGGCGUUUUCAAAAAUCUCCACUGACUCCAGAGGGCGUUUUGAACAGGUGUCUUUUCGGUGACCGUUUUCAGCGGAUACGCGUGGACGGUAGGCCAAACCGUAGAAAAACUCUCCGUUUUCAAACAAUAACGGAUAGGCGUCGACGGGGCCGUGGGGACAGUAGGGACAGAUUUUGUGUACCAAAGCUUGUUAACGAAGAUCAGUUAUUCUUGAGUCUCUUUACAAUGAACAGUUAGCGUUCAAAAUUAAAAUGAAGAACGAGGAAUGGGAAACAGGAAGCGGGGAGCGGGGAACGGGGAACGGGAAAUUGAAAAAUUGCAACAAAGCAGAAAAUUGGAAAAGAAGAUAUUGGUGGGGCAUCCAGUGAGGUUUUUGACGUACCGUCGCCCGUCCUCGCUUCUUUUUCUCCCCGUAAGCACUGGUCUAAAGUACGGAGUUUAUAAUCCACAUCAAAAUUAUCUCUCCGGGCCGGCGGCAAACAAGCCGAAUAUUUAUAAGCAUUGGUGAGAAGCUGAACUCUAACUAUUUCACGCUGUUCCUAUGCAGCAAUUAGUUUGUGCAACUUUUAAUGUAACAAUUCAGGACUACAUGCUUCUACGAGAACAGUGAAGGUUAGUUUUAAAAGAAUUGAAAGAUGUUGCCUGUUUGCUAAAAUUUGAUAACUUGUGUUAACUUUUUUUGAUACAGAAAGAAUCACAGAUCUUUCCACCGACAACAGGGGGAGCAGAGAAAAUGGCAUCAGAUAUGGAAGUUCCUUUUCUGGGCAAAUUACCUCUUGAUCCUCGGAUAGGCCGCUGCUGUGACGAAGGAAAGUCAUUUUUAACCGAAGUUCCAGACUCGCCGGCUGCCGAUGCGUACAAAAAAAUCAUUCAAAGUACGUUGCUUUCAUGUACUCGGCUCUUG